UCAAGAUAGAUGCAGGUAGUGCAGUCUUUUGGAUUUGUAACAGUAUUUACGUCUUUGAUUGCUCUAGUCUUUCUAUGUUGGGAUGUUUCGUUUAUUAAGGAUAGGUUAUGGCUUCUUGAGUGGGUGUUUUGUCUUAGGGUGUUUCAGGAGUUAUGUGUUAAUUUUGGUUCAGCCCUGGCUCAAAAAUUGUACUCUGGGUGUUUUGGUUUUAAUCAAUAAAGCUGCACUUUUCUUUGGAUUCCUUUCAAGCAUUUCGUAGUGAUUGAACUCAAGUUACCUGGAUACAUAUUUGGAUCCUGCUUUCAUGUCCCUAAUCAAAGAUCCUGAUCAGAGACGGCAGGAACAAUGGGAAAAAACUGCUCAAUCUCAAGGUGGUUGGAAUUGUGCUAAGAUGCUUGGGUUUGGUGACCUUGGUGGGCCUCCAUUAUCUGCUGCUGAAGAAUACUCACUGCACUCUAGAUACCUUUCCAAGGCAAAUUCUCUGUCUGCGUUCUUCAGAAUCAUUGUUUACCGCGGAGGGGUGGACAGUGAAGGUCACCCUGUUAUGGUUAUUGUUGGAGCACAUUCACUGCUGCGGUGUCUUGAUCUUGAGCUUUUUAUUCUCUAUGUUGUAAAGGAAUUUAAACCUUUGAUACAGAAGCCUUAUACUAUUGUAUAUUUGCACUCUGCUGCUUCUUUACAGAUGCAACCAGACUUAGGACGGAUGAGAAGAUUACAACAAAUACUUGGUCGGAAGCACCAACGUAACCUGCAUGCAAUAUAUGUUCUUCAUCCUACCUUUCACCUGAAAGCUGCAAUUUUCGCCCUACAAAUGUUCGUGGACAAUGUGGUGUGGAAGAAAGUGGUCUACGUUGACAAGCUUCUGCAGUUAUUCAGAUAUGUUCCUCGUGAGCAGUUGACGAUCCCUGAUUUUGUAUUCCAGCAUGAUAUAGAAGUGAAAGGUGGAAAGGGUCUUCUCGUGGAUCCACGGACGAAAUAUGUGUAUAAUCGGCCGUAGGAAUGAAUUAUAGGGAUCGACCAGUUGAUCAAAAGUAAUUGGUUCCCGGUUUGACUGCACUUCUAGUCUAUUUAGUCGGGCAGAUGGGAGUUGUAUUUGGUGUAAAAAUAACUACAUCUUGAUUUAUUAUUCUUGUAUCAUCUUCUAUAUAUAUAUAUAUAUGUUAAUAAUAUUUCUGGGUGA